AUGUGUAAGACACACUCCGGAAAGUUUCUCUGCGGUCACAAAGUCGUCGACGUCCGUACCGGAUGCCCGACUCCCAGGAAAUGCAAAACCUUCCUCAAGAAACAAUACACUAUCCCAGAGAAGUGUACCAAUUGCAAGCAUGGAACAAAGGAUGUUGAACGCGAUAUGUUGGCCAUGAAGAAACGUAGAACCGUUAUCAUGUCCCACGAGAAAGUUGAAACCGUAGACGGACCUCGAGAGUGUGAAAUCGAAGUUGUCCCGUGUACUGGGGGUAUGGAGAUUAACUACGGAUUGAAUGACAAUAAGAAGAAGAAGAAGAAGAAAGAGAGUGAUGGUAGUUCUGGGAGUGGUGGGUCGUCUGGGAAGUUUUCGUCUAUGGGGUCCCUUGGUGGAACCUCGUCUGAAGGUUCCCUUGGGAAGGAACCACAAAAAGAGAAAUGCGGAAUUAUGUGA